ACAAAAAUAAACAAAUUGGAAACAAUUUAAUUCCAUUGGAUUCCCUUUAGUUGAGACAAACGCUCGUAUCGUCUUAGCUCAAAAUAUCGAUAUUAUCAAUCGAUAUCGAUAAUAUCGCCCGUCAAUAUUCUUGACAAGAGUUUCUUGUUGACACCAUUUUAGUUUCUACACCACAUGUGCAACUUUGACCUGAGAAAUACCUUAUAAUUGUCGCUGCCAAAAGCUUCAACCAAUUCGACCAAAAGUUUUUCAUUAACACCAAUUUAUAAUCCUGUUCACCUUUUACUACUUUUCUCUUCUAGUGACCACGAGUCUCGAUCAACAUGAAUAGUAACGACACGGAGAAAAUGGCUUGUGGUGUGAAUGACAUCAAACUUGAAGAUAAAUUGAAACCGGAGGAAAAUAAAGUGGACGUGAUAAGAGAACCAAAUGAUGUCCAAAUGUAUAUUUUCUAUGGUCAUUUUUGCCGUGCGCCUGAUAAGAGUGAACAGCGGCAUGAUCUCGUUGGACUUAUCAAUAGAAAUCGUACAAGUGGAGUACCAGAAUGGACCGACUGUGAGGUUUGGUCAACCUACCGGAUGAUUAUACGAGUCUCUGGAUCUUUUGUUUGCUUGGAUCAAUCCGAUUUCAACGAUUACUCACAACGGGCUAAGGCUGAAAUACUAAAAUAUUUAAAAAACGAAUACCAGUACCCUACCAAUGCGACCCAAAUGUAAUCGCGAGAGAGAGAGAGGUCAAUAAUUUAUGUCAUUCGUAUUCGGUUAAAUUUAUUCAACACGAAUUAACAACAGAAUGAAUUUUGAUGUAAUUCUCUUUCAAUUAUUGUCUCCGGAUGGAUUAAUAGUGUCGAAGGAUAAAAAAAACACAACAAUUAAAAUAUGGAUUUGAUUGGAUUGGAUUGA